CACGCCCCCUCGCCCGCGGCCCCCUCCCCGCCUCUCUCCGCCGCUUCUCUAGCUCCCCGGUCAGAGGGCCGGAGCGAGAAGAUGGCGAAGACGUACGAUUAUCUGUUCAAGCUGCUGCUGAUCGGCGACUCGGGGGUGGGCAAGACUUGCCUCCUAUUCCGCUUCUCCGAGGACGCCUUCAACACCACCUUCAUUUCCACCAUCGGAAUUGAUUUUAAAAUCAGAACGAUAGAACUAGAUGGAAAGAAAAUUAAGCUUCAGAUAUGGGACACAGCGGGUCAGGAAAGAUUUCGAACCAUCACAACAGCAUACUAUAGAGGAGCCAUGGGAAUUAUGCUGGUCUAUGACAUCACAAAUGAAAAGUCCUUCGACAAUAUUAAAAACUGGAUAAGAAACAUUGAAGAGCAUGCCUCUUCAGACGUUGAAAGAAUGAUCCUGGGUAACAAGUGUGAUAUGAAUGACAAAAGACAAGUGUCAAAAGAAAGAGGAGAGAAGUUAGCAAUUGACUAUGGGAUUAAAUUCUUGGAGACAAGUGCAAAAUCCAGUACAAAUGUAGAAGAGGCAUUUUUUACACUUGCACGGGAUAUAAUGACAAAACUCAACAGAAAAAUGAAUGACAGCAAUUCAUCAGGGGCAGGUGGACCAGUGAAAAUAACAGAAAACCGAUCAAAGAAGACCAGUUUCUUCCGUUGCUCGCUACUUUGAUGAACUCUUUCUGAGAGACUGCAGCACACCUAAAGGACCCUUUCCGGCUUCUCUGAAAGCACAGGUCAGCCAGCCUCAGAACCACACCGCCCGGCUGCUGCGGAGAACACCACUGAACCUAGACUUCUCAACACAGAACGCCACGUGGGUUCCAGCCUCGUGGCCUAGAAAGAUAACAGGCUCCUUUUUUCAAACAUGGAAGCAAUGAAGUGGAGACAUACGCAGGACUUAACUUGUUUUUUCUUUGGUUUGUCCCAGAAGCUGCUAUCUUUCUUUUUCACUUUGCACAUCAGUGUUAGCCUGUCCCUGCUACAGCACAGUCUCAGACUCGUAUCUGCACACUUUUGCCUUGUGAAGUUCUAGACAAACUUGUGCACUUGGGGGGUGUUUGAAAAAAGUAAAACAUUUAACGCAGAGAUUAAUAUGCUAAAACUAAAAGAUGUUGGGUCUGGUUCAUGUGGCCAAAUGUUAUUGCAUUGAUAGAAUUUUUUUAAGGGCUCUAGUUUGUGAUUUCCUUCAAUAAGAAUCAUUAAAUUCUGAUAAAAUUCAUCUUAAAAGUUCAUAAAAAUGUCCAUCUAUUCAUCAGAGGCCGCAAUUUAUUUCUCCAGGUGGUUGAGAAUUUUGCUUCAUUCCUGGCCUUUUGGUCAGAGAGUUUGGGUAGCUGAAGAAAUCACUUUUUCAAUUGAUUACCUCUGCCUCAUCUGUAGAAGCUACAUUUGGAAAUCACCUUAAGCUCACUUUUCCUGGGGUUUGUAUUCACUGUUCUUUCCUAUUUUUGACCUGUUGUAACUGCUCAGUUAUCUAAAACAUAACAUAUUUGAACAUUGUUGUCUGUUUCUAAUUGUGAACUUCUUGAGCUGAAUUUUAUACAGGCAGAGAGAUGUACCAUUUGGGUUUUAUUUCAGCGUCCUAUUGUUCCGUCACAUCAGCAUAUGUAAUAUAUUUUUUUCUUAGGUUCACUCCCUAGCUUGCUGGUUUCGUUUGUAAUACCCAGUUCCUACUGUAAUCCCUGUCUGCAAGAGUUAACAAGAAUUAUAUUUAGACCUUUGUUCGUAGAAAGCUUACCUACAGGGAGAGAGAUUAACUUGUUGAUAUAAAUUUAAUAGAGAUAGCUCUUGGUGAUGGUAAACAUAAAGAUUUUUUAUUCUGGUUUUAUUUGGGCUUCUUUUUUUUUUUUUUUUUUAAUAAAGAUAAUUAGACCUAGACCUAGUGCAGCCUCUAGGAAAAGUCUUGCCCUUUUGUUAGAGAAAAUAUGAGUAAGGUUUCCAUUCUAAAACAGCUGUUGUUGAAUGUGUAGAACCCAGUUCCAUCUGUUCAGGUUCAUUGUUACAGAACUUGGUCCAGUCAUUUGGGUCAAAGCCAACCAAGAGCUUAGCUGCCUUUCUCACCAAACACUGGUACUGGUAUACCUUUUGUAGAUGUGCCAAAUUCAGAUAAUUUUGACAUUGCUUUUAUCCUAGCCUUCAGUGUCAAAACACAGAAGGGAGUAAUAAAUCGGUGAUUAGGGUAAUGAACUCUCUUAAUAAUCACUCUUCCUGUUAGGUCCUUUUUGUUUCAUAGAGGGUACCACCAUGCUUGAUAGUUUAGAGUGGAGGGGAAAAUGGAAAUGGAUUGCUUGUUACCACAGAGCAUUGUGCUUCAAAUUAAGACAUAGCGUUAGAAUGCUUGGACCAGUCAACCUUUAUUUAGUACUUGUUUGAAAACUUACGUCCAGUUUAGCAGCAGCAAAUAUACCAGAGCUAUUUUUGAUGGAUACGCUAAACUUAAUGUUGACAAAUUUCAGCCUUCUUGAUUUUUUUUUUUUAUUUACCUAUCGGUUUAGAGGCACCUGCUGGUGUCCCAGUACAAUCAGUAAUUGCUCGAUUGAAAGCUGAUUGUACAUCUACCAUCUUAAAAUUAGAUACAUUUUUGGAAAGAAAAAAUAAUUUCUUAGAAACAUCUUGUCUUUGCUAAUUUUCCGAAAAAAUAUCCAAGCGGUUAAGCUUUCUGAAUGGUAACAAAGUACUUUCUAAAAGGCAAGUGCUAUGACACCAUGUAUGAAUGUAAUUCUAGUAAUUUACCUCUGACUAUUUGGUGUCUUAACACUUUGGUUUAUAUCUCAGGGGUUGUCUGCAAACCAAAACUGACAUUUUCUGUGGUUAGGCUUUUUUUUUUUUUUUUUAACAGAAUGCUUUGCUUCUGAUUUAUUCCUUCUCUCUUCUUUUGUCUUAUAUGGGUUAAUAAUUAGUCUCCAUGAAUUUCCCUUUGAAAGAGCCUGUAAAAGUGAUGAGUCUAAAAGUGCUCUUUGAAGUAGCAGCAAUUUGGGGAUAUAUGCUCUGUUAUAUAGAAAUAAAUUGUCCUUGCUAUUUUCUUACAUGUAGCUUUGCUGAAUUGUAUAUAAUUUGAGCUAAGACCAUAGGAAAUUCCCUUUCUGCAUGGUAAAAUGCCCCAAUAAAUACUCCACUUUGCUUCAUAAUGUA